AUGAGCAAGCGGAAUCAAGUGUCGGCUGAGCCCGCGUUCCUGUCCCGCUUCAAGGAGUGGGUUGGUUACAAGGAGGGGCCCACCGUGGAGACCAAGAGAAUCCAGCCACAGGUUCCAGAUGAAGAAGGCGAUCACAGUGACAAAGAUGACAAACAGCCCCAAGUGGUAGUUUUGAAAAAGGGAGACCUGACAGCCGAAGAAGUCAUAAAAAUCAAAGCAGAAAUAAAGGCUGCCAAAGCAGAUGAAGAACCAGCUCCAGCCGAUGGGAGAAUCAUGUAUCGAAAACCAGUGAAGCACACCUCAGAUGAAAAAUACUCAGGUUUAACCGCAAGCUCAAAAAAGAAGAAAACAAAUGAAAAUGAAGGAAAUAAGCAGGACUCAGAGAAAAAGAACUCACAAAAGCAAAUCAAAACCAGUAGCCUCCUUUCUUUUGGCAAUGAAGAAGAAAAUGAGUAAAUGUAAAUGUUUGGGCUUAAAGUCUCCUUGGGAAGUAUAUGAGGUAUUUUUUUCAAAUAAC